AAGAUGUCUAUGGAUGUGACAUUUCUGGGGACGGGCGCAGCAUACCCAUCCCCAACUCGGGGUGCCUCUGCUGUGGUCCUUCGGUGUGAGGGCGAGUGCUGGCUCUUUGACUGUGGGGAGGGAACACAGACACAGCUUAUGAAAAGCCAACUUAAAGCAGGGAGAAUUACCAAGAUCUUCAUCACGCAUCUUCAUGGAGAUCAUUUCUUUGGCCUUCCUGGCCUCCUCUGCACAAUCAGCCUACAGAGUGGCUCCGUGGUCUCCAGACAGCCUAUUGAAAUCUAUGGCCCUAUAGGGCUUCGGGACUAUAUCUGGCGAACCAUGGAACUCUCUCACACGGAGUUGGUUUUCCCUUACGUGGUCCAUGAGCUGGUGCCUACAGCAGAUCAAUGUCCUGCAGAAGAACUAAGAGAAUUUUCACAUAUGAAUAGAGCAGACAACCCUCCCAAAGAGGGACAAGGAAGAACUAUCCUAUUAGACUCCGAAGAAAACUCAUACCUUCUGGUUGACGAUGAACAGUUUGUGGUAAAAGCAUUUCGCCUCUUUCACAGAAUUCCCUCCUUUGGAUUUUCAGUUGUAGAAAAGAAACGCCCAGGUAAACUCAAUGCGCAGAAACUAAAAGACCUCGUUUGCUUAUGA